UUUCAAAUUGAUCGUAGGUUAUGUAUGAUGUUUCUUUUAACAUGUUUAUUUAAAUGAGAAUGGGAAGUAGUAUUAGUAAAAGUAAUCAAAUGGAAAUUUUAGAAGAUAUUUAGAUUAAUAAGAAUGUUAAUUGCAUUUUAAAAUUAUAUAUAAAGUGAAAAUAAUUACCUAUAGUAACUUUUCUUUAAAAUAAAAUAAUUCCACAAUGGAAAGCCAGUACUUAACUAAGGAACAUCUAAUUGGAUUUGAUAAUUACAAGUACAACUGUAUCGACAAUGGAGUACUCAGCAUAUACGUUAUGCACCCGUUUUGGAAUUGGGUAGUUAAGUACUGUCCCCGUUCCAUAGCUCCAAAUCUUCUAACAUUUACGGGGUUUCUCUUUACUGUGGCUACCUACAUAUAUUUUGCCUUUUUGGAUUAUAAUUUUUACGCUGCUGAUCCAGACCAUCCUGAAGUAGAACCCCUUGGAAAAUGGCCUUACAUGACGGCUGCGAUAUUUUUGUUCAUUGCCUACACUUUAGAUGGAAUAGAUGGAAAACAAGCAAGGAGGACAGGUACAAGUGGUCCUCUAGGUGAACUCUUUGAUCAUGGGUUGGACUCAUAUACGGCAGGUUUAAUUCCUGGUGCCAUGUAUUCCAUUUUUAGCAGAGGUGCUAAAUAUAGUAUAGUUCCUUAUAGAAUGUAUUUUACUAUGUGGAAUGUUAUGAUGAAUUUUUAUAUGACCCAUUUCGAAAAAUAUAAUACUGGAGUGAUGUUUUUGCCUUGGGGAUAUGACUUCUCGAUGUGGGGUACUAUAUUGACGUUUUUUUUAGCAGGGAUUUUUGGUGCAGAAAUAUGGCAAUUUCGAAUAGGUAGCGUAACAGCAGGCAAUCUGCUUGAAUUGACGCUCUAUGUGUCAUCACUCAUAUCAAAUGUACCUGUAAUAUCUUACAAUAUAUAUAAGUCUUACAAGAACAAGACUGGAAAGAUGCGAUCAUUUGUAGAUGCUAUUAGACCGCUCACAGCUGUGGGAAUGUUUUUUGUGUUAUCUACUAUUUGGGUUCAAUAUUCUCCUGGAAAUAUUGUCGAAAGGGACCCAAGAGCAUUGUUCUUCCUUUUGGGAACAGUUUUUUCAAAUAUAUCUUGCCGUUUAAUUGUAGCUCAAAUGAGCAACACUACCUUUGAUGCAUUCAAUUUGUUCCUUAUUCCUACAUCAUUUGUUGUUGCUGUGAGUUUAUUUACACAAUGGGCAACUUUGGAAUUAAUACUGUUAUAUGCUUUGUGUUUAUUUACAACCAUCGCCCAUGUACAUUACGGAACGUCUGUGGUAAGAGAAAUGUGUCAACAUUUUAAAGUUAAUUGUUUCACUAUCAAGAAACCUUCUGAUUGACUAUUGAUUGACAACGCAUGAUAAGUGUUGUCCCUCGGAUGUGCAAACAAAUAGGUGUUUUCCCACCCAAAUGACAUUUUAUUAUGUUUAAAUAUCGUUUAUUGACAUUGAGUGAGUGCCUAGUCCCUGUGGCUGUAUUCAAGAAUUUAUUUGUGUGCAUUGAAGAGAAAAAUAUUGUGUGACAAAGUAUAAGAGUUACUUUAUCAAAAUUUGUGUUCCAUAUAUAUAGAGAGAGGCCAGUUUAUCAGCUAAUUUUUUAAUUAUUGAAGCAAUAUUAUUGGGUGUUGCCUAGAAUUUUAAUAACAAAGUUGCUUAAGAACUUUUAGAAACAGUUGAUGCAAUUUUCGAUUUAACUUUUUCAAAUAAAGAUGUAAUUCACAAAAAAAAAUUAAAUGAGACAAUAAAACGAAGGGGUUUUUUUAAUUAAUAGAUAAGCUAAGAGGAAGUACUUUCACAUUUUGGAAGGUAAUUAUUUGGAGUUUUGCUUUAUAUAUUCCUGAAAAUUCACAUUUAGAUCUAAAAAUUAAUUCACAUUAAAUCAACUAUAUUUACACCUUUCACCUGUGUAUUAACCUCAAUGAAUCACAAACAAUCAACAAGUGUUAAAAUUUCGGUUACAUCUGAUAAAAAUAAUAGUAUUUUAUAAAGAUGUAUUCUAAAUCUACAAAGAAAAUAUUUUAUAAUCAUUAAAAAAAAGUUUUUAGGUUUAAGAAAAAAGUAUAGAGUUAAAGUAAUAAAUGAUUAUUAAACGAGUUAAAAUUGGCAUCUUAUUUUUAUAUGUUACAAAUGUAUUAAUUCCAUCAAGUAAUAGUAACUUAUUCCACUCCACCAUUUUGAUAACUGAUAACUAGAAAUAUUUAUUUAUAUAUUGGAUUCAUUUAUAAUUUCAAAAUGAUCCUCUGUAUUUUUCCAUAAGUAUUGUACCAAAGUAAUGAGAACAAAUAGGAAAAUAUUGUUUUCUAUCUUGAAUAAAAAAAAAACAACUAUAAAAAUUGAUAUUUUAGAAAUUCCGUUAAUAUAAAUUAUUAUUUUUUUGAUUUCUGUUGCAUGUUUCCUCUCAUUAUAUAAUUUUGUAUUUGCAUUAUAUAUUUUAAUGAGUUUCGUAUCAGUUUUCUACUGGUGACAAAUUCUAGCUCUCUAAUUUUGCCUGAAAUAAAUUUUAGGUAUAGCUAAUAUGGUUUUAUAUCUUUUUUUAUGGUUUAAAUAAAUUAAAUUUAAAGUUUUUCCCUUUUUUGAGAUAUUAAGUUUAAAUAUUUUUAACAGAAACUGCCAGUUGCCAGUUACAUUAUGUAAAUAUAAAAUUUUAUUAUAAAAUUUAAAUAUGUAUUACUACAUAAACUGGCCUAAUCCAUGCUGAUUGUAAGAUUAUUUAAAGAUAAUUUAAAAAUGAUGUAUUAUUUUAAUUGAAUGCAGAAUGGUAUCCAACUGCCCUGUUGUCAUUUUAAAUAGUAAGACAAUGACUCAAAAUUGUCUUAGUAUAUUAUUUUAAUAAAGUAAUAAUCCAUUUGAUGAGGUUUUGUAAUUCUGAAAUUAAGUAGUACAGUUUUUAAAAAUCUUCCAAUAAUUUUAUAAUCAUUUAAAACUCAAAAUUUAAUCAAAAAAUGGGGAAAAACUGGUAUUAUAUUGGUUUCAAACUAUUAUAAUUUACAAAACUGUAUUUAAAACAAUAAAAUAUAUACCUAACAAUGUGUUUAAUUCAAUAAAUUUAUAAAUAACAUGUUACAUAAGAAUUAUAAUUUAAUAAAACAGUUUCCUAUGGCUUAAAUGUUUUCAAAAAUUCUUUUUUAAUAGCAUCUCUUUCUUCUAAAGGUGGCAUUACUGGUCUUAUGCCUUUUUUCCUUCUUUCUUUUUGAACAUAAUGC